ACAACCGGCAAUGACCUUCAUUUUAACAUGACGGCUCCGUCGACUUACUCAUGGUUCGCCUUCGGAGUUGGUAGUCAAAUGAAAAACUCUAUGAUGUUUAUUGGAUACCCCAGCUCGAACGGCACAGGUGUGACACUAAGCCCACGUCUAGCUACUGGACACCAACAACCACAAUAUUCCUCCGCUCUGGAUGUCGAAGUCGUCAGCAGUUCCAUCACCAACGGCGCAUAUCAGCUCAUGGCUAUCUGCAAGAAUUGCACAACCUGGCCGCUCGGAACCAUGGAUACUACAUCAACGACCCAGCCUUUCAUCUUUGCUCUUGGUCCAACAGGCUCGGCCAUCUCUAGCGACUCUACAUCCGAGAGUAUUCGUCAGCACUCCAUGUACAAUUCUUUCACACUGGAUAUGCAACAAGCUUCUUUCUCUGGCUCAGACACGCCCGUUCUGAGUCCAAGCAGUGGCGCCGCAUCUAGUGGUAGUGGCGGUGGAAGCUCUUCCUCAUCUCCCGGUACCGCCAUGUCUUCUGAUGGCAGCAACACCUAUAACAUGGUGCACGGUAUAUUCAUGUCCAUCGCCUUUGUGAUCCUCUUCCCUCUCGGCGUACUCGUUCUCCGUCUAGGUCACAGCGUCAUCGGUCACGGUAUCAUUCAAGCUCUGGCAUACUGCUUCGUCAUCGUGGGUCUAGGUACAGGAAUAUAUCUCUCUCGACAAGAUCCUUCGACACGCAAUUAUAACUCAGCUCAUCAGAUCAUCGGGCUUGUCCUCUUUUCUCUUCUCGCCGUCCAAGCACUAGGUGGUCUACUUCACCAUCUUCUCUUCCGUCGCGGAAAGAACUCCAUCAUUGGAAAGGUCCACAUGGUUCUCGGCAUAGGUCUCUUGAUCCUCGGUAUCGUCAAUGCACCUCUCGGCCUCAACCUCGCAGGCGACAGCAAGUACAACAAAUACUACAUCAUCGUCGUCGCUAUCCUUGGAGCACUCUUCUUGGCAUUGAGGGCGUGGGCUGUCGUCAGAAACAGAAAGAUCUCGAAGAGAGAGGGCAGUGAGAAGGGAGUGCUUAGACGUGGUUCUAGCAGUGAGGAGGGUGUUGUGAAUAUGUAG